AUGUUUAACUCAGUGAACCUGGGAAACUUCUGCUCCCAGUCGCGCAAAGAGCGGAGCGCUGACUUUGGAGAGAGAGCAGGUUGCGCUUCCAAUCUCUACCUCCCCAGCUGCACCUAUUACGUCCCAGAAUUUUCAACUGUGUCAUCUUUCUUGCCACAGGCCCCCUCUCGCCAAAUCUCCUACCCUUAUUCCACCAACCUCUCUCAAGUGCAGCCAGUGCGAGAGGUUUCCUACGGGCUAGACCCUUCCAAUAAAUGGCACCAUAGAAGCAAUUACGCCUCGUGCUAUUCCGCAGAAGAUCUGAUGCACCGCGAGUGCAUCCCCCCUUCCACCAUGACCGAAAUGCUAAUGAAAAACGAAAGCGUGUACAGCCACCACCACCACCCAAGCGGCAACCACCCGGCGUCCACCGGCUUCUACUCCGGCAUGAACAAAAACAGCGUCCUCCCGCAAGGCUUCGACCGCUUCUUCGAGAACGCCUAUUGCGCCAGCGAGAACCCGCCGGAGACCUGUUUGCAGAAGGGCGAGAGCAAGCUGGAGACCGACUCCCAGCCCAGCGCGCUGUCAUCCCGCGGCGACCAAGGCGGAGGAGACCCGGAAGACGAAGAAGAAAACACCAACCCGGGCUCCUCGGCGUCGUCCUCGUCUGUCAACAAGGAAGGCAGCAAAAGCAACAACUCUAGUGCCCCCCGAACAAGAAAGAAGCGGUGUCCCUAUUCGAAAUUCCAAAUCCGAGAGCUCGAGCGAGAAUUUUUCUUCAACGUCUAUAUAAACAAAGAGAAAAGGCUGCAGCUGUCCAGGAUGUUGAAUCUCACUGACCGACAGGUUAAAAUUUGGUUUCAGAACAGAAGGAUGAAAGAAAAAAAACUAAGCAGAGACCGCCUGCAGUAUUUCUCUGGAAAUCCUUUGUUGUGAACUUCUUUUGUAAAAAGGCUCUCUUGCUUGUUGAAGUAUGAAGACGGUACGCUGCACGCCCGGCUUGACCAUGGAGGCGGCGAGCGUGAAGCCCUUUCCUUCUCUAGAUUUGUAUGUUUUGGGACCUGUACGGCUUCACAAAUUAAAAAGGGACUCACAAGCUUUCCCCCUCCCCCAUGACCUAAAUGUUGAAAGGACUUGAAUACUGUAUGAACUUUUUUUUUAAAUUUAACCUUUAGUGUUGAAGAAUUGGAUUUUUUUUAUUAUAAUUAUAAUUAUCUAUUCUGCUCCAUGGCCGUUUAAUCCUCUAUGUUGGAUGGAAGAAAACCACAGCGCUGUGCUCCGAAACUCAUUUUGAAAUGUAGGUUGAUGCUCUAGCUACUCAAAAGCGCCCCCCAAAAAGAUUCCCUGACUUUUGCCGGGAGGAGGGCGUUGUGUGAGUGGCGCCUGCAGAUGUGUGUGUAUGGGUGGACACGUGUUCACCCACGUACACACGCACGCACACCCUUAAGAGGCCCAAGAGCUGUUGUUCCUUUGCAAACUUAUUUAAGUAAUCUUUCCAAGAACCGAUAUCACUCACAUGGUGCGAUUUCCAUUGACCUCUUGUAUUUUUUUUAAAUAUAUAUUCAUAUUCUAUGCAGUCCCGGUUUGGGUUUUCUC